AGCCUGGCCCAAGGUUGGGGGCAAAGCAUGGCCUGGUAGCCCGCCGCAGUGGCUCGCGCCAGCCGCAUCAUUGGCCGACGGGCCGCCAACCGCCCGCUGAGAGUCCUUCCGCCUGGCCGCGUGCCGCGGGAUAACGGCCAUGUGGCGCGCGGCACCGCGCCCGGUUCUCCCCAGGCGCGCGUUGGCCGCCAGCGCCGGCGCCGACGGCCUCUUCGUCGCCGCGCAGCCGCGGUCCACGCGGGGCCGCGAGAGACAGCCGCGACGCAACCCACGCAGCACCGGCGGCGCCUUUCCGGCGCGACCGGAGGUGUCGCCGCGCCGGAAGCGCUUCGGCGCCCGCAGCCCUGGCAAGCAGCGCCGCCACGGGACCGACCUCGAGGACCUGAGGCAGGCCGCCCGCAGCGCGGCCGAUGCGGCGACCGGCGCGGAUGCGUCCACACACCCGGCGGUGGCCUCCGCCUUCGGCGCGGAGGAGCCGCAGGCGCUGAGGAUGCGGGAGCCGCAGGUGAGGCGGCUUGUGCGCCGGCCGGUCGCCUCGCUUCCGCGGACGCCGCAGUUUUUCGUCAGGUUUGGCCCGCUGAUGUCAGCGGAGGACCUCACGCACGACGCCCCGUCCGUGAUGGUCGAGUCCAGACGCCUCAUCGACGACGUGCUGGAGAGGCGGCAGGCGCUGCAGUCCUCCCCGGACUACAUAGCGCCCGACACGCCGUUCUGGCGGUUGCCCGCGAAGGCGAGGAACAAGAAGCCCGCGGCGUGGAGGGACCUGGAUGAGGACGGCCCCGAGGGCGCCCGCGAGCGGCCGGGGGCGGCGGGGCCGCUGGACGCGUCGGGGGUGGCCGAGCAGCUGCAGGGCAUCGUGGACAUCACCAGGGCCUCCAAGAGGUGGAAGUCGGAGGCGCUCGCGCCGGGCCGCCGCGCCGCGGCCCUGCUGGAGGAGGCCUCGGACGGCGCAGGCCGCGAGGCCAGCGAGGCCGCGGCCAGGCGGGGCCUGCCGGGGGAGAGCCUGAUAGCGGCGCUGCGGGAGCGCGCCGCGGACUUCGAGAGGACAGGCGUGCACCCGGACCUGAAGGAGAGCCUGGAGGAGGCCCUGCGGCACCAGCCGGGGACCGAGCGCGCCGCGCGCCUCAGGGAGAUGCAGGCGUGCACGCUCGACUUCGAGUCGCUGGUGACGCAGGGGAAGGCCUCCGUGGCAAACCUCAACGAGCUGGUGCGCGCCCAGGCGCUGCAGGGCCGCAUGGACGAGGCGCUCCGGACCCACGACGCCAUGAAAACGCACGGCUACGAGCCCGACGACGGCACGUUCGUCUCACUACUGCUUGGUGCCGUCCAGUUGCGCGACCCCGUGUUGGCAAGGAGGCUCUUCCUCAAGAUGCGGGAGCAGCUCAUUGCCCCGACGCUCAAGGUCUACUCCGCCCUGAUAAAGGCGCACACGGUUGCUGGCGACGUGGCCUCCGCCAUGUCGCUGGUAAGAAAAAUGGAAGAUGAGCGAGUGAUGCCCGAUUUAGUGGUGCACACAGUUGUCAUCGAUGGGUUGGUGGCACGUGGGGACCUCAGUAAGGCAUGGGAGGAAUUUCACUCGAUCCGAACUUGGAAGCUCAUUCAGCCAGAUGAGGUGCUCUUCACAGUGAUGAUCAAAGCAUGCGCCCAGGCUCAGGAGGCCGAGCGAGCUCUCAAUCUGCUCGACGACUUGCGCACUUGUGGUUUGUAUCCCACGGACAUUACCUAUGGGGAGCUGAUUCACGCGAUGGCGACGUCGGCAUAUCAUGCCCGCAAGGCAUUCGAUUUUUUCAGGCAGAUGCAAGCGGAGGACAUGCCAUUGAGUCCUUUUAUAUUUGAGAAACUCCUUCAAGCAUGUAGAGUACUUGGCGACGCCAAGAGGGCACAGGGCUUGAUCCUGGAGAUGCGGCAGUGUGGAGUGCUGAUGCAGCCACCCAUGUUCAGUCACAUUGUCGGCCUCUUCGCCACUGCUAUGCGGAGACCGAAGGUGACCGAGAUGGAGAGGCUUCAGAAUCUGCGCUGCACCUGGCACGCCGUCGCGGAGGCACGCCGCUGCUGUGGUGACGCUCUGGACUGGACACAGCUGCUCAACGAGGUCAUGGGCGUGUACGUCGCAGGGGGCUUCUCGCAGCACGCCGUGGAGAUGCUCCAGCAGUACCCCCUGUUCGGAGCCUCGCCAGACGCAGCCACGUACCGCCACCUGCUGGAGAUGCUCGGCCGCGAUCUGCAGGACACUGGUCGCUUCUUCGCCCUGUGGGAACGCCUCCCGGGCAAGCCCGAAGUCCCCAACGACCUGUACCAUCUGGCCCUCGAGGUGGCGCUUGAGACCCGCUCCGCCAAGCGCACCUGCGCGGUUCUCGAGGAGAUGCUCUCGUCGAAGGUGUUCCCGACGCCACAGCUCACGGACCGCCUGGCCAAGGUGGGGCGCCACGUCACGCAGGUGCACUUAUUGGUCGCGAGGUUUGUGUCGCUGAACAAGACCGCCAAGGUCGCCGAGGCGAAGCGCGAGAAGGAGCUGCUGCAGACGCACAUGGACGAGCGGGAGCUGGAGCUGGCGGCAGUCGGGCUCACCAGGAAGAGUCCGACGCCAGAGCAGGAGGUGAGGACCAAGCACUUCGAGACGCUCCACAAGCGGGGCUUCUUCAGGAGGCCGUGGCUGCCCUACGAGGAGUACAAGGCCUCCAAGGAAAAGGGCGGCGAGGCGUACGCGAAGAGGCGCGACCGCCCGCGGCCGAACCUGCUGGCGGCCUGA